AUGUCGCAUUUCACACAAAACCCUUAUAACGGGCCCAAAAGACGUCCUGAGGCCUACGAUAAUGCGGUUGACCGGGCAGCCUUGAGAGUCCUCACCUUCUCGUCUCGUCGAGGACCAUCGAAGAAACAAAACCUCUUCUCAAAAUCCUUCACCUUGCUAUACAAAAUCAAUCAAGACACCUACUAUACACCACACCACAACAGAACUAACAGCAAGCCCAAUAUGAAGAGCAACCAGACCUCCGAUCAGAAGAAGAAGCAGAAAGAGGAGAAGACUCUACAGAUGGCCGAUCCCAAGAACGAGGACAGCAAGUCUGCUGGCCCUGCGGGCAAAGUUGCCCUCUCUUCCACCGCACAGCAGCAGCAGCACGAGAAGCCUCGUCGCGUCAUCAAGCCUCGCCCUCAGCACGCGAGCUCCCUCGAGACCGCGGACGAUGAUGAGUAUGACGACUGCUGGGACCCCUAUUACGAGGACUCGCCGGCCAAGGACGACAAAGUUGUCGAGGAGGACUUUGUCCUCAUGAAGAAGCCUAACCCGUCUCGUUAA